AUGUGUUAUGUGGGGAAAGCAACAAAGAUCUUCAUCUUCGUAGUGACAGUGUUGGUGGUUUUGGGUCUUGUCUUGGGAUUCGGACUGUUUCGUCACGGCCUCCAAAAGUCGCACAAAUGCUCCGGUGACUCUUGCCCUUCUCCCACUAAUGUCUUCCCUGACCCUAUAUCCAGCCCUAAUACACCACCAGGACCAGUCUCUUCCUCUUCCAACCCCCCUCCUCCUACCACUGGGUCUAACCAGCCCCCGUCACCUACAUUCAACCCUAGCCCUAACCCACCACCAAGCUCAGUUCCUACUCCUAAUCCGCCACCCAGCCCACCAAUUGGCACCCCUACUACUACUACACCCCCGCCUCCUAAUACUAACCCAAAUCCUCCACCACAAUUUCCUCCUUCUACUCCUCCACCGCCUGUUUCAAGUGCAGUGUUGGCGGUGCCACCCUACAAUCAGCCGAGUCCGGUGCUGGUGGCUCCAGGCCCUGUGCAUUCCUAG